AUAAGGAUCUACCAGCAACAAUUGGUCGGUAACACCAUCUGAAAAAGCGCAGCCUUGUAGCAUGAGAAAUCUGUCAAAAACCAUCGAGCGCUGAUUUGAUAGCAGUAAGAAUUAUGGUUCAGUUUGCCUAGCUUUGACACCCGCAAAAUGUGGGAUGAAGGAGCGGACUGAUAACACUCCAAGGAUUAACACACAAACGGUGAUUAAAAGGCAGUGUUUAUUGCGACGUGGUUCUCGACCUAUAAUUUUCUUACGCUUCUUCGAUGCCAUCAUUUCAAGUAGCCGUGGCUUCUGAAGAACAAAAUAGAAAUAAACUUUUCGAAUCUCCACUCCAAGAAGCCAAUUUUGGAGGAUUUACGACAUUUAAAGAAUGAUAUUAAAGAGAAAAGUCGCUUCGUUCAGUCUAGGGAUAUACAAGAGAAACUAUUACAACGGCGCCAAAAGUCUGCGACAAUUGAAAUGGCGGGAAUAAAAGGUGUAUUUAUGACGUGCUUCUUCAUUUAUUCAUUCAUUCAUGUACUCCUUGCUAGACCACAGGAGAGUAAAAGCUCUGAGUCAGCGUUUGAAAACAGUGAAAAUGAUCCUGUUAACAGACUCGGUGAAAAACGACCGAAAAGAGCGGCGUGGAAUAACUACAAAACAAACAUCCAUGAACGCUCAAAGAUUACUACGAACGAGGUGGAUUAUGCCGAAUAUGGAGCUGAUUAUGACACAGAUGAAAUAUUGGAUGAACUGAUGACAAAUGAAGUUGAACCAGAUAUCAAUAUUCAAUUUAAGAAAUUCACUGGACAAAAAACGUUCCACAGGGAUCACAGAUUUGAUAAAAAACAAUUAAAUGAAAUACGCGAAGCUCCACAAUACAUGCUUGAUCUAUACCACGAAUACCUCGGGAAUAGGAAGUCCCAGCCGACAUCAGAUAUUGUGCGUAGUUUUAUGAACGUCAAUGGUGAUCCUUACAAGAUCACUGAUUCCAGUACCCAUGGUAACAAAACACGUGUGCAUAGCUUAAUCUUCAACAUUACUAGUCUGAAACAGGAUGAAACAAUCCAAGUUGCAGAACUCAGACUUUAUAAACUUGUUGAAGUUGACAGAAAUCACUAUUCUGGCCACAAUAGAAAGGUUUCAGUAUUCGAGGUCAUCUUACCAGAAGACAGUAAUGCCUCAGAACGGCAGCAUAUCCUCAUAUCUUGUAAGAAUAUAUAUGGCCGCCAUAGCGGAUGGGAGACUUUUACGGUGACCCAAGCCGUCAGUCGCUGGCACCUUAGGAAAUCCUCCUUCCAAAGACUUGAAGUACGAAUUGAAAGUGUGUUUGAUCUUGGUCACACACAUGGUGAUAUAGACAUUGACACUCGUCCAAGGCAAAGAAAUGAGCCCCUAUUAGUCGUAUUCUCAAAUGAAGGGAAUUACGAAAGUGAGAGUAAACGCGAACUCGAUGAAAUGAUGAUACAUGGGUUAUCAAAAAGAAGAACAGGCACUAGUCACUCACACAAAUCAAGGACAGGGAAUAGUAUGAAGUUGGGAAGAAGUGAAACUUAUGUACCUCCAUAUAGAUAUCCUCCAAUACUGAGACAUUAUAACCUGACUACAAGUGCUUCUUACCAGAGACGCGUAAAAAGGUCGAGAAAAAGGUCAAGAAAGAACACAUGCAAAAGAAAACCGUUAGUGGUGAACUUUCAGGAUAUCAACUGGCACACUUGGGUUAUUGCUCCGCGAAGCUAUGAUGUAGGUGCUCUACCAACUAUAGUUAGUACCCUAGAUGUGUUGACAAGCUUCUGACGUGUGUAGUUAUGCAUGUACCUUAGCCUGGCAUGUCUGUAACGUAUUGGCUUUUAAGGCGUUUGAAUGUAGUGGACGUUGUUAUUUCCCAUUAGCUGAUCACUUGACUCCUACCAAGCACGCUAUCAUACAAACACUUCUGCACGCCACCUAUCCAAAGAAAACAUCACGGACGUGUUGUGUCCCGACGGAGCUGGAGCCCAUAAGCAUUAUAUACAUUGACGAAGAGGGUGUGGUGACAAUUAAAUAUAAAUAUGAUGAUAUGGUUGUAUCAAAAUGUGGUUGCAGGUAAAUAUAUUAGUCAUGGGUGUUGUGAUUGACUUCACUGAAAAUGUGUACUCAUACAUCAGGUUAACAAACCUUCGAUAUGAGACGUGUGUGUUUUGUGUGUAAACGUGUUUUUCAAAAACACUACAUGUGUACUUGAAGCCUAUCAAUGUUUGAUCGUCUAUUUCGUUCCUUUAUUACAAUAUUUGAUAAAAUUUAUUAUAUCACCAAUUAACUGGGCGCUUUAUGAUAGGUACAAAAAUACACUUAAAUUAUACUAGAUAUGUGAAGCUACAUCGAAUUUGUAUUGUAUUGGUGACACUGACACCCUGCAUAUGCACCACAUAUAAUGUAUUGAGACAGUAUUAUAAUGAUUAUAAUGAAGCACAAGAUGUGUAUUGAAAAAACAAUUGAUUAUAAUUAUAAGUACAAAGUGUAUUGAGGAAACAUUUGACGUGAACUGGGAAUAUUUGGAAUUCCAUUCACAAUGAUAUCAUAAGUAAAUUAAUGAAUUGCUUAAGGGUGUACUAAAUAAAUAAAAGUACCAUAAAAAGUUUAUAUUACAUUAUUCACUAUUAAUAUUUUAUUAACUCACGACUGUAUGUCUAUUUCAUAUUUGCUAAAACAUCUUGAUACUCCUAUUAUUAAUUUAUUGUAUAAAAUGGAAUGUGCAGUAAUACACAUACAUAGGCUCUAUGUAAAUAUGACAUUGACGUUGCAUUUACGUACUGCAGUACAAAUAACCAUAUAUAAAAAAUUCAAGAUAAAAUAAAUAUUGCAACUAAAUUUUAUAUUGUAGGCU